AUGUCUGUCCUGUCUUACAAGGCCCAGGACCCGUACUCUCUGGCUGCCGUGCCAGAUAAGAUGGCGGUGUUUCAGGAGUGUUUGCAGCAGUUCAAUGCCCUGCCUGUGGACGCCAAAAAAUGCCGUCAGUUGUUGGCCAAGCUCUUGAGGUUGAUCUACCAGGGAGAGCUGUUCCCACUGCAGGAGUCCACCACUUUGUUUUUCUCCAUCUCCAAGUUGUUCCAGCACAAAAACCUGUCUUUGCGUCAAUUGGUGUACUUGACCAUCAAGGAGCUUUCCGCAACCUCGCAAGAUAUUUUGAUGGUCACCUCCUCCAUCAUGAAAGACAUCCAGCUGGGGCUGUUGAUUUACAAACCCAACGCUAUCAGAACGCUUUCCAAGGUGUUGGACCCUACCACCGUCUCCGCGUCUGAACGUUUGUUCCGCAAUUGUUUGGUCGACAAGAACCCCAUUGUUUCAUCGGCCGCUUUGAUCUCGUCCUACAACUUAUUGCCAAUUGCCAAGGAUGUGGUCAAACGUUUCACCAACGAGACUUUGGAAACCGUGCAGUCGUACAAGCUGUUUCCCCCAGACCAGUUUCAGUUGCACGAGUACUACGGUGCUUCCACCACCAACUUGCCCUCCAACUCCUACAUGUACCAGUACCAUGCUUUGGGCUUGUUGUACCAAUUGAGAAAUCACGACAAGAUGUCAUUGAUGAAGCUUAUCACCAGCUUGGCUGAGGGCUCUGCACUCAAGAAUUCUUUGUCUAUCAUCCAGCUUAUCCGCUACAUCAACAAGGUCUUGUUGGACGAUGAGUCCCUCAUUACCCAUUUGCAUCCAAUCUUGGCCGGCUUCUUGAAGCACAAGUCCGAUAUGGUCGAAUUGGAGGCCUGUAAGACCUUGAUUGGCUUGCAGCACCUCAUCAAGGAGGACGACUUCAUGAACAUCAUCCUCACGCUACAGAAAUUGUUGAGCGUGCCAAGAACCGCCACCCGCUUUGCUGCUGUCAGAUUAAUCAAUAAGAUCUCUGUGAAACACCCUGAGAAGAUCAUGGUCGUCAACUUGGAGUUGGAAGCCUUGAUUAAUGACAGUAACAGAUCUGUCUCCACAUUGGCUAUAACAACCUUGUUGAAGACCUUGGGUGUGGGAACUGUUGAAUCUGCAUCUGCAUCCAGCUCCGAAAAUGUUGACCGUUUGAUAUCUAAGAUGACUUCUAUGAUGGACGAGAUCACAGAGGACUUCAAAAUUACAAUCAUCGAGGCUAUUGAGAACUUGGCUCUUAAAUUCCCAUCUAAACACAAGAAGCUAGUGUCGUUCCUUUCAGAUUUGUUGAGAGAUGACGGCACUUUGCAAUUGAAGUCUAGUAUCGUCGACGCAUUAUUUGACUUGAUCAAGUUCUUGUCCGACAAGGCUGCUAAACAGCUCAUAUUGGUCAACUUGUGUGAGUUCAUCGAGGACUGUGAAUACACAGAGUUGUCUGUUCGUAUUUUGCACUUGUUGGGUGACGAGGGCCCUACCACCACUAAUCCUUCCUAUUACAUCAGACACAUCUACAACAGAUUGGUGUUGGAGAAUUCCAUCGUCAGAUCGUCUGCUGUAAUUGCCUUAUCCAAGUUUGCUGCGCAGUGUGACGAGACCGUCGCCAAGAACGUCAAAAUCUUAUUGAGCCGGUGCUUGAACGAUGUUGAUGAUGAGGUCAGAGACCGUGCUUCAUUGUCGUUGAGCUUCAUCGACAGCAAACGCCCUCAAUUGAUAGUUGCUGAGUCCAGUUUCAAUUUGGCUGCGUUGGAAAGCAAAUUGACCCACUAUUUGAAUGACGAGGGCAACUUUGGUCACAAGUUCGACGUCUCCGAAGUGCCUUCGCUCACAAAGGAGGAGCAGAAGUCCUUGGAGUACAACUCUAAGAUCAAGAAGUUGGAGAAGAGUGAUGGUGCUGAAGUCGAGUCCGAUAAGUCCACGCCUUCAAAGGCCAAGGAUGAGGCGCAAGGUGGCGACGACAAUGCUAACGAAUACUUGAAGCAACAGGAGUAUGCCGCCAGCUUGUCCGCUAUUCCAGAGUUUGCCGACCACGGCAAGUUGACAAAAUCGUCAGCCACAGCCACAUACUUGACCGACAGAGAAAACGAAUUCGUGGUGACAGUUGUGAAGCACUUCUUCGUCGAAACACAAAAGCUUGUGUUGCAGUUCGACGUCACCAACACGUUGUCAUCGUUGGUUUUGCAAGAUGUGUCGGUUGUGACACAGGCUGACAAUGAGUUAUACCAAGAGGAGUUCACAAUUCCUUUGGCGGAGUUGAAGCCAGAACAAACUGGUAGCGUUUAUGUGUCGCUCACGACGCCGGCCAUUGGUGACGACGAUCUUCUCGCUGCUUUCGGCAACACACUUGUCUACACAUCCAAGGAUACUGUGGAUGAAGAAGGUAACAUCGAUCCUGCUGAUGAAGGCAUUGAGGAUGAAUACCAGAUUGACGAUUUGGAGAUCACUUCUGGUGAUUUCAUCCUGCCUAUGUACAACUCAAACUUCACGACAAUCUUCGACCAAUUACCUGAGACUGAGGGUAGUGUUGUGACUAUUGGUGGAGUGAGCAAUUUGGAGAACGCAGUGAGCAAGUUGAGAAAGACAUUGAACGCGAUGCCGUUGGACGGCUCCGACUACGUUCCUGCGGACCUGACGUCGCAUGUGUUGAAGUUGUUGGGUAAGGACUUGUGGGGCGGCAAAGUUGGCGCCCUGGUGAGACUUGCUCAAACUGGAGGAAAAGUGGUGGCCAAGUUGCAAGUCAAGGGCGAGACCCCUGGCUUUGCCGCGGUGGUUGCCAAUGGUGUGGAGUGA